AUGUUCGUUAACCUGCAACUUUCAAAAAUGAAAGACAUUGGUAAAUUUACAGUAAUACUUGGUAAAAACAUUGUAUAUUAUACAACAUUAACUCAACAAGAUUGGAUAUUGGAUCAUAAUUUUAAUUUAAUUGAACUUACACGUGGUGAUAAAACAAUGAAAAUUUUAUUAACAUUAAGUGCCAUUUUUUUUGUUGUAAACACAAGGCAAACUAGUAAGAUAGAAUACGGUAAACAACGAAGUUUUUUUCUGACAGGCGAAGCAAUCAAAGAACGUUCAAGAUUUCACAACAAUAAAAUUCAUACUGAUUACUAUAAUCAUGGAUACAAAGCAUUCGAAUCUUAUCCAGACAAUGGAUUAUUCAGGGAACAGUUGCAAUUUAUUCCUGAAAGUACAUCACAAAUUUUAUUUCCAACUCCAUUACAUAAUUUUAUUCACCCCGGAGGAAUCUCCACUUAUUCUGCAAACUAUCCACAAUUUUACCUACCCAAACAGGUAUAUGCAAAAUAUGAUGAAGAAGUCAAUCAGCAAAUACCAUUGAACUUAAAUAAUCCUCUUGUUAUAUCAAUAGCUAGACCUGUUCAAAUAUUUUCUACUUUACAAGCGCCAUUAAGAGGGCAAGUUCAUUUUAAUUCUCAGACAACUGUUCCAGUUCCACUGUCGUCUGCAUUUCCUCUAGAGCAAAUUGGAAAAACUUUGACGCAAAUUCCUAUUGCACCGGGAAACUCGGAUGCAUCUCUACCUUUUUUACUUCCAAGCAGGUUGAUUGUGUCACUUCAAGUUCCAUAUAUUAUUAGACCAAACCCGCAGAUACAAUCAAAAAUUAAUACAAUUCGGGACUCAUUAAUUACACCAAGAAUAAAUUAUACACUUGUUGCUGUGGCACCUCCUAUUUUAUCCAGAGAAACAGCGCAAAAUUCACUCUCUCUACCAACAAUUGCAACAAAUGCCAACAUAUUUUGGAGACCGUCAAACAAUUCUUUUUUUCCAGCCGUAACUUUUAACAAACCAUCAAUUACCUUACAGCCACCAUUCAACAAAUCAACAGACUUGAAUGAAUUUGGGAUAAUAACCGAUUACAACAACGAAGGUAAACUGGAACGGAAUCAAAACACUUACGAUAUUUCUGGGAAAGGAUAUAAAUAUAAAUAA